UUAAGGAUAAGUCGAAGAGCUCGAGCCAGAGUCGCUUACAAUCAACAGGAACCUUCCGAGAAGGAUAUCUCCACUCAUCCUCUUUCUCGUUUAGUAAAAUUAACGAAAGUUAGUUUCCCCAUUGCUGAGUAUCGAUCAUUGUCUUGGCCACCCAGACGGGUACGACACUAUCUUCGGAGCGUUCUGAGUGGCGAGAACUGAAAUUCAAGAUGAUCAUCAAAUUCUGCCAUCCUCUGUUGCUGGCCUCCAUUGCCCUACUCUUUGCUGCCAUGGAAACGCAUGGCUGGGGCCAACCUCCAUAUAUACGCGAUCCAAGAUUCACAGCAAACUGCUAUGGCACGGGCAACAUUAGAUCCACAUGGUUCUUUCUGCCGGGAGCCCAGUGCCUGUGGGGCACGGCGAACGCCGACCUGAGCUGCCAGGGGUCCGCGCACACGCACACGUACAGCCAGGCGGAGCGCCUGUGCAGCUCCCGCGGAUUUUCGGUGCUGGACUUGGAUCUGUUCCGUUACCAUGGAUACAACGAGUGUGUCGACGUGAUGCUGGAGAGCGCUCUGUUGUCGCUGCCGCACAUUCAAAGCACAAUGACUUUCUGGACCAAGGACGACGCAACGCCCGACAAGCGCACCAUCCUGCAAAAGAACAAGCCGCCCCAUGCGCCCACCUCGCUUCGGGAGGUGGACAUUAACCCGGUCGAGGAGCAUUUCGUCGUCUGCUCAGGCAUUUGGCUUGAGACAAGGAGCAAGAAUAGCAUCUAUUCCUAUCUCCAGUCUCCAUAUCUUCUGAAGGCAGAGGAAGCCAAUCUCGCUUGCGGUCUCCUAGGCUACGAGCGGAUAACUGGAGAGUUUGCAAUGGCACAGCCUGCCCCGUACGUCUUUGUGUUGCAGUUUCCCAAGGGCUUGUACAGCGUCGCCGGUUCAGCUUAUACGAGCAUUACGUACACCCCCGAUGGAAGUGUGGUGUCUAGUCCGGUUGGGGACACUCCACGACGCUUCAUCUGCCAGAAGAAUUGUGGAGUAAAUGGUCUUUUGGAGGAGGACCGGUGUGUAUGCAACAGUGGCUGGGGAGGCUCUACAUGUGAUCUGCGUACUGACGAAGACUCCGUGGCCGUGUGCGAGGAAAAGUUCAUCGAGGGCAAGUCGAUCUGGAUGUUCGGCCCCGGAGCGACCGGCGCCAGUGACGUCGAGAUGAACCGCGACGACUCGCUGACCUUCUGCCGCAGCCGCGGCCUGGAGCUGUUCGACUGGAACUACUUUGACGACGAGGUGUACGGAGUGACGUCCUGCGUCAAGGCAAUGCUGCAGAAGGUCGUCAAGGCAAGGCAGGCCCCAUCCAUCACCGUCUGGACGGAGUUCCAGCUCCUAGACAAAAGCAGUAUGUACCAGUUCAAUGCGGACGGCUCGGAUCAGUUGAUCUUCACCGCUGACAAUUCAAAGCUUGCCUACCCGGCCUGCUCAGUGCAAUACAAGGUCCAGACUACCAGCAAGGGUGUGAUCGCUUCCCUCUACAAGUGGCACACAGUGGACUAUGAGCGUGCCAAGCAGUCCUGCAACUACCUCGGCCUCGACUUGCUCUUUGACUGGGAACUGGCUCGCAACUUUCAUGCUCUCAAUGCCUCCUUCACGAAGAUUCAGUUCCCGGUGCGCAACUGGGACCAGUACGUGAUGAAUACAAGGCAGUCGGUGGUCUUAGGCGAUCACGGCAGACUGAGCUUCCGCUGGGGCAACCUGAAAGGCACAUACCGCAUUCUCUGUGGAAAACUCUGCGAUAUGGGAUCAGCGGACAAGGACGGGAACUGCAUCUGCAAGCAAAACUACAUAGGCCCCCGUUGCUCGACAAGCAUGUACAUGAGAUUAACGGUUUAAAAGCAAGGCUAUCACCGAUGUGUGCCAGACUGCGCAUGCUGUGAUUGGACGGAAGAGAAACCGAUCCUUGUGGAUCGCCACGCAUUCGUAUCACAUCUCCGCUCUGCUCUCUAUCUUCUUCGUGUUUUCCAAUGCGACCAUUUGCGGUCCCUAUUCGACCGCCUCCUUCACUCCAGAUUUUAUCAUCCCAGCGCUAACCCUUCGCCGCUGGAACAUCUUUUCAAAAUCUUUUUUUUAUGCAACUUCGCAUUCUCUUUCCCUGCUGCGGGCAAGAACCACCAUUAUUUUCCUAUAUUUCGUCGGCACGUCUGUGCUUUAAUACUAUCUUAUUGCUUUCGACCUUUUCAGAGACGUGUACAGCGUCAUAGAGGCUGUAUGAAGACAAUAAUAUGAUAGUAUUUAUAUCUUAGC